AAUUACUUCUCAAGAGGAACUCGAACUGAGUUGCAUGUCUUGAAGAGCAGACAGAGAAACACACAUAUACCUCACAUUUAGUCUAACCCUCAAACAAGAGUCAAACAUGGGAUCAGCUCCAGCCAAACCUGAAUUUCUCACAGUUCUGGCUGAAAAACAGGUUACACAUGGACAAGAUAUUAUUCUUUCCUGUCAGGCAAAUACAGAAGAUGUAACAGUCUCAUGGGAAAAGGACCGUCAAAAAUUGGUUUGUGUUGAGGGCAAGCACAAAAUGGAUAAAACUGGUAAAACAUGUGUCUUGAAAAUUUCAAAGGCUGAGGAUGCUGAUGAAGGAAAUUACACCAUAACCCUGAGCAACAGUUCAGGUUCUGCCUCAUGCUCUGCCUUUGUCAGAAUCCUUAUUAAAGAGUGGAGGACAGUGGAAUGGAGUCAAGGCAGAAUGUUAAAUUCUCUCAAGACAUUUAAAAUUGGUAAUGAAGUUGAAGAGCUCCGCUUCCUCCUCUAUGGACCAGUUGGAGUAGGAAAGUCCAGCAUCAUAAACACCAUCAGAACCAUUUUUGAAGGACGUCAGUUUGUCAACUGUCUGGCUGCUGCAGGAUCAACGACGAGUCAUACUCUAUGUUAUGAACAAUUUCGAUUUGCAAAUGAAGAAGGAUCAUUUCCUUUUGCCUUCAAUGAUAUAAUGGGUGCGGAAAAAGACUCUGGAGUCCUAACUCAAGAUAUCGUCAGUGCUUUAAAAGGUCAUAUGAAAGAGGGAUACACGUUCAACCCUCAAAUUCCUUUGUCUGAAAGCAACCAUUAUUACAAUAAAAAGCCCACCCUGAGUGAUCAGAUGCACUGCUUGGUGAUUGUCAUCCCAGCCGACAGGGUUUCAAUACUAGAUUUUAUGGAUAAAAUGAAGAGUGUCAGAGGAGAAGCAAGCAAAAUGGGAAUCCCUCAGGUGGUUUUCAUGACAAGAGUAGACCAUGCAUGUCCACUGAUAAGGAAGAAUUUGCAGAACGUCUACAAAAGCAAAAAGAUCAGAGAGAACAUGCAUAAAUGCAGUAAUGAACUGGGUGUGCCUGUGAACCGUGUCUUCCCUGUCUUGAACUAUCAUGAGGAGACCCAUGUGAAUGAAGAUAUAAACUGCCUGAUGCUUGAUGCCUUAACACAGAUUACAUACUGGGCUAAUGACUAUGUGGACCAACAUACUUCACAUGCACAACCAAUCUGUGAAUAAUGUAAUUUUUCACAAAAUUUGACAAGCAAUCCUGCAAAUCUAUUGGCUUACUGUUAUUCGUUUUCAUUCAAUCUUCAAUGCAUCUUAUAAUGGAGCAUAUUUAAAAACAUGAAAAACAUAUAGAAUAUAUAUUUUAUGAUCUAGAUUUUGAAAAGUUUAUUGAUUGAUAUACACUAUAUUGCCAAAAGUUUUGAGAUGUCUUCAUUAACAUGCGCAUGAACUUUAAUGACAUCCCAUUUUUAAUCCACAUGGUUUAAUAUGGAGUUGGCCUGCCCUUAUUGCCCCUAUAUUGCCAAACGUUUUGGGACACAACUCUAAAUCGUUGAAUUCAAGUGUUGUUUUUCAGGGGUUGGGCUUGGCCCCUUAGUUCCAUUGAGGAACCUGACUGGCCUUGAACCACGACAUGAUAGAACACCUUCGGGAUGAAUUAAAGCGGAGACUGCGAGCCAAACCAAAACUGGGACGUCUUCCUUAACAUGCACAUGAAUGUAAUAUGGAGUUGGCCCGCCCUUUGCAGCUUUAACAGCUUCAACUCUUCUGGGAAGGCUUUCCACAAGGUUUAGGAGUGUGUUAAUGGGAACUUUUGACCAUUCCUCUAGAAGCGUAUUUGUGAGGUCAGACACUGAUGUUAGACUUGCAGGCCAGUUCCUCCACACCAAACUCGCUUAUCCAUAUCUUUAUGAACCUUGCUUUGUGCACUGGUGUGCAGUCACGUUGGAACAGGAAGAAACCACCCCCUGUUCCCACAAAGUUGAGAGCAUGAAAUUGUGCAAAAUGUCUUGAUAUGCUGAAGCAUUAAGUGUUCCUUUCACUAGAACUAAGGGGCCAAGCCCAACCCCCCUCCACCAAACUGUACAAUGCAGUCAGACAAGUACUGUUAUCUUGACAACCGCCAAAUGAAGACUUGUCCAUCUGAUUGCCAGACAGAGAAGCAUGAUUCAUCACUCCAGAGAACACGUCUUCACUGCACUAGAGUCCAGUGGCGGUGUGCUUUACACCACUGCAUCCGACACUUUGCAUUGGACUUGGUGAUGUAAGACUUGGAUGCAGCUGCUCAGCCAUGAAAACCCAUUCCAUGAAGCUCUCUACCCACUGUUCUUGAAGGCCACACGAAAUUUGGAGGCCUGUAGCUAUUGACUGCAGAAAGUGGCCGACUUCUGCACACUGUGCACUUCAGCAUGUGCUCUCCCCACUCUGUGAUUUUACGUGGCCUGCCACUUUGUGGCUGAGCUGCUGUUGUUCCCAAUUGCUUCCACUUCAUUAUAAUACCACUAACAGUUGACCGUUGAAUAUUUAGUAGUCAAGAAAUUUCACGAAUGGACUUAUUGCACCGGUGGCAACCUAUCACAGCAUGCUUGAAUUCUGAGAGCGACCCAUUAUUUCACAAAUGUUUGUAGAAACAGCCAGUAUGCCUAGGUGCUUGAUUUUUACACCUGUGGCCAUGGAAGUGAUUGGAACACCUGAGUUUAAUGAUUUGGAGGGGUGUCCCAAAACUUUUGGCAAUAUAGUGUAUACUGAUAACAUGCAUGCUUUGUAAAUAGUUUCAAAAUCCUUGCCUAAAUGUUGAAAGUGGAACAGACUGAACAGUUUAAAAUUCUGCUUAGUGUAAUAUUGACAUUAAGCUGCAAAAUAAUGGUAGAACUUGCUAUAAAUAGUACACAUUUCAGAUAUUUUUUA